CGUGCUUCACGUCGUAACAACGCAACGGAAGAAUCAAAAGAAUCAAAGAAAAAAAACAACCAAAAGAUAUAUUAGCGCGAAAGUGAGUGCACCAAAAAAAUACCAAACAUUUACGCAGACGAAAAAUACUUAAAUCGAUAAGUUCUGUAAAUUGCAAGCUUGCAAGCUGUGCGGGAGGAGUGUGUCUAGCCUGUGCGUGUGUUUGUGAAAGAGAGUGCAAAGAGAAGAUCAGCAAAAGAGAGACUCAAAGUGGCAAGCUAACGGAAUACGAAUGCGCCCAAAUAAACCCGAGAAAAUGUGCAAUUACAUUUGAAGCAACAAAGUAACAAAAAAGCAUUUGGUAAACCUUUAAGGAUUAAGGAUCAAGCAUACAGCUGGAGCGCAGCUAAUAUCAUAGCCGGCUCAGAGCAAGAUCAACAAUCGCGUUUAACCUCAAAUUGAGAGACGAGACGAGAGACGAGACCCCCAUAGGUCCCCCCCAAAAUGGUUUCACACUACUACAAUACACUGCCCUACACGCAAAAGCAUAGUGCCGCCAAUCUGGCCUAUGCCUCCGCCGCCGGCCAGCCCUGGAACUGGACGCCCAACUAUCACACGCCGCCGAAUCAUCAGUUCCUGGGCGAUGUGGACUCCUCGCAUGCGGCCCAUCAUGCCGCCGCCGCCCAUCAGAUGUACUACAACUCCCAUCACAUGUUCCACUCGGCGGCAGCGGCCGGGGAUUGGCAUUCACCCGCCUCCAGCUCGGCGGCCGCUGAUAAUUUCGUCCAGAAUGUACCCGCAUCGGCACACCAAUUGAUGCAGCAGCAUCAUGCCCAUCAUGUGGGUGGCGGUCUGGCCAGUGCCGGAUCCAGCAGCUCCGCCAGUUCGGGCAGCAGUUCCGCCGGUGGACCAGGACCCACUGUGGGCGGCACACAGCUGAACGAGACGAACAGCAGUCUGGGCGCCGAGGCACCGCCCAAAUCAUUCCCACAGCAGCAGCAGCAACAGCAGCACAUAGCCGAGGGACUGCCAUCGCCACCGAUUACCGUUUCGGGCAGUGAGAUCUCCAGUCCGGGUGCACCCACAUCGGCCUCAUCGCCGCAUCAUCAUCUUGCCCAUCAUCUUGCCUCUGGCAACAACAACAACAACAGUCCAUCCACCCACAACAACAACAACAACAGCGUCACUGUAAACAACAACAACAAUCGGACAUCGCCACAGAAGCCGCAGUACUACGAAUGGAUGAAGAAGCCCGCAUAUCCAGCGCAGCCACAACCUGGCAAAACCCGCACCAAGGACAAAUAUCGCGUGGUCUAUACCGAUUUCCAGCGCCUGGAACUGGAGAAGGAGUACUGCACUUCCCGUUACAUAACCAUCCGCCGCAAGAGCGAACUGGCCCAAACGCUCUCCCUGUCCGAGCGUCAGGUGAAGAUCUGGUUCCAGAAUCGUCGCGCCAAGGAGCGCAAACAGAACAAAAAGGGCAGCGACCCCAAUGUGAUGGGCGGGGUGCAGCACACAGACUACAGCCAGCUGAUGGACGCCAAGGCGAAACUGGAGCCGGGCCUGCACUUGCCGCACACGCUGCACUCGAUGAAUCCCAUGGCCAUGAAUAUACCCGCGAUGCGACUGCAUCCGCACCUGGCGGCGCACAGUCAUUCGCUGGCAGCGGCAGCGGCGCAUUCGCAUCAGCUGCAGCAGCAGCACAGUGCACAGAUGUCCGCUGCGGCGGUGGCCGGCGUCGGUGCGCUGUCGAUGUGACAUGAUUAUGAGGGGGCCACUGCUGCGGUCGCUGCUGCCUCUGCAUCGGCGUCGACAGCAAUGUGCUAUACCAACAAUAUCAGCAUCCACAACAACAACAACAGCAACAACACCAACAGUUAUAUGGAUCAUCAUCACGAGCAGCAUCCGCUAAUGGGUGGGGGUGGUGGUGUGAGCGAGCGAGGAGGGAGGAGGAGCAGGAGUUGGAGGAGCCUACAGUGCUGCUGCUCUAGCAGUGGAUUUGGCUUAACCCUUAUGGUUGCACAGUUAGACUGUUUGUGACCCCCUAAGAUGAGUGGGCGAAUGGUGCAGAGUGGGCGCAGCGAUGCCUUGGAAUAUUGCACGUUGUUAAUUUUUGUGAUUGUAUAUUCCUGGUGUUAUCACGCUGCUGCCCCUACACGCGCACACACGCAAAAACCCCCUCCAAAGCUCUCCAGUUUAAUGUAAAUUUGAAAUACUUUUCCCCCCUCCCCCACAAUACGCACUUCUUGUAUGUAUUAUGUUUGUUUUUUGUUCAAAAAGUAAUUUAAAGUAAAUGUUUAACGUGUAAGCUCUAAAUAUCUAUGAAUCUAGUUCUUAAGUCGCCCAGGAAAAACAAAUUAUUCACUGUAGCCGUCCCCCCCACCCACACGAUUACAAAAAGUUAAUGCAAGCAAGAGCAAGAG